AUGGAAACAACGGGGACAGGGCAAUCCGCUGCAUACAUGCACUCCACACACGAUAGGGCCGAUUUCGACAUUGAGGCAUUACCAGAACGGCCGCAAAAACGAGCCCUGAAAACCAACGAAUCAUACGCCGAAGAAUGGAAAUACGGCUCCAAAGCGAGAGUGAUCAAGUAUUAUCUCAUGUAUAUAAUGGCGGGUCUCAUCAUCGGAGGCAUCAUUGGUACGGUGAUAGGGUACCAAUAUGAUCCCUACAAUCCCAUGUCCUUGCAGAAGACCUCAUUUGGGACACUACUUUUCACAUCUUCUAAAUAA